AUGAAUCUGCAACAAGUUGCACCACCAAGGUCCUCUGCAAACGGAUUCAACCGCAGGAGAGGUGAAAAAGAAAUGGGGAUUAGAUUUGACAAUAAAUCUCAAACGGGAAAGUCAAACUUCAACAAAACUACCACAACAGGUUUACCAAUUGGAAACAAAGGAGGAGUCGAUAAUCCAUCACGUGAGCGACUUGUUUACUUCACCACAUGUCUUAUUGGGCAUCAGGUGGAUGUCCAGGUCACAGAUGGAUCUAUAUACUCUGGGAUAUUUCAUGCCACAAAUGCAGAUAAUGAUUUUGGAAUAAUCUUGAAGAUGGCAUGUGUGACGAAUACUGGUUCUUCUCAAGGACAGAAAAACAUUUUGGAUUCUGUUAACAAGGCCCCUUCUAAAACCUUAAUCAUACCUGCAAAAGACUUUGUGCAAGUUGUAGCAAAGGGUGUAACAGUAACUAGGGAUGGGUUUACAAAUGAGGUUCAUCUUGAAAAACAGCAAGAUAUUAUGACAGAUUCCUUGAUUUCUCGUUCUAGACAUGUUGAUUUGGAAAGAGAGUUGGAACCGUGGGUCCCGGAUGAUGAUAAUAUAGAAUUGCCUGAGCUGGACAACACAUUUGAUCGCCAUUGGAACAGGGGAUGGGAUCAAUUUGAGACAAAUGCAGCAUUAUUUGGAGUAAAAAGUACAUUCAAUGAGGAACUCUACACAACAAAACUUGAUAGAGGUCCUCAGAUGAGAGAGCUGGAAAAACAGGCUUUAAGAAUAGCUAGAGAAAUCGAGGGAGAGGAUACUCAGGAUCUUCAUUUAGCUGAGGAAAGGGGCAUUCACUUCCAUAGCAGCUUCGAUCUUGAUGAGGAAACUAAAUAUUCAUCAGUUUUUCGUGGUGUUGAUGAUAGUGGUUAUGAUGAAAAUGAGGACAUUUGGGAUACAGAAAAUAAUGAAACCUUUGGGAAUGUGUCUGAUUCCAUCAUCAACAAUCAGUUAACUCACUUGAAAAGUGGUGGAUCUCAAGCACCAUCAUUGGUUGAGUGCCAAGCUUCUCAAACGAGUACUAGCAGAGACUUCUAUCCAUCUAAUUCUUUGCACAAUGAGAGCAGGAUUCAAGACAACCAGAACCAGAGUAGUCAACAAAAGGCUGGAAGUUAUUACACCAAGGAGAAGGAGGAUACUGGAAAGCAUAUGCCGUUUUUGGAGCAAAAUGAGGGUUCAAAACCAGAGGAGUCAGAGUCAGAGUCAGAGUCAGUAUUGAUGGGAAAGAAAGAAAGCUCUGAAAAAGGAUUAUCAGCAGAUGCAACUGCAUAUGCACCAUCUAAUAAUAAGACUCAUGAAACAGUGAGUUGUAGUGAAGCAUCAGUAGCAGCAGCAGCCACUGUGAAGACACAUGAGGAGGCUACUACACCACAAUCAUCAUCUACUUCAGAAUCUGGAAAUGCUGUAACUGCUCCUGUGUCAUCUCCUACCUCAUCCAUGGCUUCAGAAAAAUCAACAUUGAAUCCCCAUGCAAAGGAAUUUAGACUGAACCCAAAUGCCAAGAGCUUUGUUCCAUUACAGACCCCAUCUCCUUCUCCAGUAGCACCUGCACCUGAACCUUCCUUCUACUACCCACCUCCAGUCUCACAUAUGCAACCUCAGCCUGUUAUGUAUGGUCCCCAGACCACAUCGUAUCAACCACAGCAGCCAUAUUUCAAUCCAAACGUGCCACAGUAUGGGCAGCAAAUGGUUCUUGGUCAACCCCGGCAGAUGGUCUACAUGCCCACUUAUCCUCCGGAGAUGCAGUACAAAGGAAGAGACUUUUAGGCAGCAUCCACUCCAUUGUAUUGUGAAUUUGAAGACUGCUUGGAAGGGUUUUUUUGGUCUAGCAAAUCCAGCAGCCGAUAUGUGAGACCUGAAACAUGAUGAAUGAUGAUGAUGAUUCACAAAACAUAGAUUUGUUAUUGAUUGCUUUUAACUUUAUUUAUGUUCUUGAAAGUUGAAAGGAUGGAUGCUUUUCUUUCUUUUUUUGGAUGCUGAAGCUUUUCGAAUAGAUAGAUAGAUAGAUAGAAAGAGAUUAGUUUAUGUUUAUGAUAUGACUUUACAAUAGGCUUGAGUUUGUGAGUUAUUUAGGAUGAUGACGAUGAUGUCAUUUAAGUUAGGAAUAUUUAUUUUAAGUUGGUGUGUGUUUGAAUACAAAUUUAUAUAUUGUAGGGAUAUUUUAGUUUAUCAUGGUUUUCUUUUUGG